AUGCGUUUUGCUCCUCUCAUUAUCUGCCUGGCAGCAAUAUCACUUGCUGCCCCAACAAACUUCCUUGACGAUGCAUACGACUGGACCGAUGACCUGGCAGAUUUCUACGGAAAAGUGAGCGAGUACAUCAACACCGCAAAACACAACAACAAAAGUCCAAGGGCUUGCGAAACCUCUAAGAUUGCUCUGCCCUCCUAUGCUUCGGGAAUGACCGGUCCGUCAGGCCUAAAGCCUAAAUACGUUGCACUUGGACGGGGUACCCAGAACUAUACAUGUGCCAACUCUACUUCCAAAUCCACGCCCGCGGCGACAGGAGCCGUCGCAAGACUUUACAAUGCCACAUGCAUUGCAGCCAACUUCCCCGAUCUCCUGGCAAAUCUUCCCAACCUUGCCUACAAGAUUUCCCUACCGACCGACGAAUAUGCCUCAUUCCCUCCCGCCAACCUUAAAUUGCUGGGUCACCAUUUCUUCUUUGAUGCAACAACCCCCGAGUUCAACUUGAACACCACACCCAACCAGCAGGAUGGCAUUGUCAUGACCAAGAAGGGAGGUGCAAUUGACGCACCCCCAGGUGCAGUACCAGGGAAGUACGGUGCUGUGCCUUGGCUCUACCUCACUACUAGCGACGGCACGGUGGGAAACUAUAAGAGUGUCUAUCGAGUCAACACUGCUGCUGGAUCGCCACCAAAGACCUGCAAGGGUAUGCCAGCUGCAUUUGAAAUGCCAUAUGCUGCCAAUUACUACUUCUUUGGGGAGUAA